AUGAAAAGUGACAACAAAGAUAAAGUGACAAAAACUAAAAGAUUGACUAGAUCACCCAAUAAACAACUUGCAAUAAAUAAAUCUUUAAGACAUCAAAGUACAUACAACAUUUCUAAUAGUAAUAAUAGGCGGAAAUUUAUUUAUAAAGUAAAUGAAAUAGAUAAGAAUGAUAUUUUUGCUAGAGAUAGAGCUGGUCAAACAAAUUUAAACAGAGCAUGUCAAGAAGGUAAAUUAGAUAGAGUUAAAUAUUUGAUAGAUAAAGGAUCUGACAUUAAUGCAUGUGAUAAUGCAGGGUGGACUUCACUUCAUGAAGCUGCAUAUCAUGGAUAUUUAGACAUUGUAUAUUUUCUGUUAGAAAAUGGAUCAGAAGUUAAUGCUAUUUCAUAUAAUGAAUUGGACACCCCACUUCAUGAUGCAUGUGCUGAAGGUCAUGAAGAUAUUAUUAGAGCGUUGUUAGAGUAUGGAGCUGACCCUGAAAAAACUAAUGUUCAUGAAAAAAAACCUGGGGACUACACAAACAAUAGUAAAAUUAUUAAAUUAUUGGGGACACCUGUGGAAGCUGUUAAAACACCUGUUAAAAAGUCAAACCUUGUAUAUUCAAAUAAAAGGCCAUUAAAUACAUUAUUAUUAAAAAGUAAUGAUGUUCAAAUUAAAAGGCCUAUAAUUUUGGAAACAAAUGACAUUUCUAAACCCAAACCAAAAGGUUUUGCAAAUAAAAAAAAUUUAGUUAAUAUAUCAGAAAGUCAGAAAUCUAUUCAAAAGAAAUCACCAAUUCCAAACUCUAACAGUGUUACUAGAAAUAACAUUGUUAUCAACAACUAUGGUAUUAUCAAGAAAAAUAAAAGUAGAAAUGUAAGUUCCAAAUUUUCUAAUAAUGAUAUUUUAAGAAUGGAUCUUAAAAGUAGAGAUUUAUCUGGUAGAGGUCAACUUCAUAUUCAUGCCAAGAAAGGUAACAUGGAAAUGAUAGGAAAUUUGAUUGAAGCAGGAGCUAAAGUCAAUAUUACUGAUAAUAAUGGACGUACACCAUUGCAUGAGUCUGCAUAUGAAGGUCAUUAUGAAAUUGUGAAUAUAUUGGUUGCAAUGGGUGCAAAUAUAAAUGCCACUGAUAGAAAAUUCAAUACACCACUUCAUGAUGCAGUCAAGAAUGGUCAUACUGAUGUUGUGGAAGUUCUUUUAUUAAAUAAUGCUAAACCUUGUGAGAAAAAUAUUGAGAAUAGAAUGCCUUUAGAUUUAGCUAAAUGUAGAAAAGACAUUGUUGAAUUAUUAUGUAAAGUUCUUCAUCUAAAUCCUGAGGAUUAUUUGCAUCCUAUUAUUAGCAAUAAUAAUAAUGAAAUUGUAGAAGAAAUUAAAAUUGAGUAA